AUGGAAUUAAACAGUGCGUUUAAUAAUUCAACCGAGUUUAGACUGAGGCAUAUUGAGGAAGUUCCAGAACAGUAUAGAGUUAUAUUCGCAGGAUAUCCAUAUUUUAAUGUCGUACAAUCGGAGGUUUUUGACCACAUUUUAAAUACAGAUAAAUCGGUAAUUGUUUCCGCACCGACUGGCUCCGGGAAAACGGCAAUUUUCGAACUGGCCAUCGUGAAACUGUUGAUAGAUAAUGAAAAUGUUACGGGUCAAGAUUUUAAAAUCAUUUACAUUUCUCCUAUGAAAGCGUUGUGUGAGGAAAGACUCGCAGACUGGCAUGUCAAAUUCUCAAAUUUCGGCCUCAGUUGUAUUUCGGUUACCGGAGACAGCGACUACUUCGAUUAUUCGGCAUUAAACAAUUACAAUUUGAUAAUAACGACGCCUGAGAAAUGGGAUUCGAUCACCAGAAAGUGGCGAGAAAAUGUAAAAUUGGUUGAAGUCAUCAAAUUGUUUCUAAUUGAUGAAGUUCACCUCCUCCACGAGGAUAAUAGAGGAUCAACUCUUGAAGUCAUUGUAAGCAGAAUGAAAACCAUAAAUAACAAGAUGGAGUUAAUUGAUAAGAUUCGAUAUGUCGCUGUGUCAGCAACUGUACCAAAUAUUGAGGACGUUGCUGAAUGGAUAGGAGGCAAGACCAACACUUGGCAUCACAAAAUUGCAGAAGACAUGCGUCCGGUUCCGUUGAAAAAAUUAAUCUUCGGUUACAAUUUCGAUUCGCAGAACAAAACUUGGUUCAAAUUUGAUUUAUCCUUGAACUACAAACUACAUAAUUUACUACUACAGUAUUCCGAUGGCAAACCUACUUUGAUUUUCUGCAGCACCAGAAAAAGCGUUGAAAUGACAGCUCGUCACAUAAAGCAAAACCUCACCAUAAACCUAAACCCAAGUCAGAAAGAAAAACUACUACAAGCUUCCAAAUUAAUUCAGGACUCGAACGCAAAACAAACUUUAAUCCACGGCGUCGGUUACCAUCACGCCGGUUUACUGCCAGAAACAAAGCGCGCGAUCGAGGACCUGUUCAGGAACUGCGAUCUUCCUAUUCUGGUGACCACAAGCACUUUGGCGAUGGGAGUCAACUUGCCCGCCCACCUGGUGAUCGUCAAGUCCACCAAAUGUUACACAUCCAGGGGUUACGAGGACUAUCCGGAGACAGUGAUCAUGCAGAUGAUCGGACGCGCUGGUCGACCCCAAUUCGACACGUCCGCCACCGCCAUAAUCAUGACCACCGCGGACGACAAAAGGCGGUUCGAAAAUAUGGUCGGUGGAGGCCAGAACGUUGAAUCCAACUUACAUAAACACCUGGACGAGCAUCUGAACGCCGAAAUCGUCCUGGGGACAAUUAAGGACUUAGGUGUAGCCAAACAUUGGUUGUCCACCACUUUUUUAUACAUUAGAGCGAGAAAGAAUCCCAGAUAUUACGGCAUUAACCCUGCUUUAACACUGGAUGAAAUCGAUAAAAAAUUACUCGACAUGUGCCAGAUACAAAUAAACAAAUUGGCGCGGGCAGGAAUGUUGACGCUAGAUCAAAACAUUACGAUAACGCCGACGGAUGUCGGUAAAAUAAUGGCGAAAUACUGUGUCGCCUUUGAAACGAUGAAGCUGUUCACGAGAGUGAACGGUUCGGAAGGGUUGCAGCAGAUUUUGGCCCUCAUCAGCAGGUCGAAUGAGUUUUCGGAACUAUAUCUAAGAACCAACGACAAAAAAUGCCUGAACAUGCUGAACAAGAACAAAAAUAACACGACGAUACGUUUUCCUCUGAAUGGGCGCAUUAAAACGCUGGACAUGAAAAUAAACUGUAUUAUACAGGCGGUUUUUAGCAACCUGAACAUUUGGGAUCAGUCGAUUUUGGCCGACUCACAGAAAAUCAUGAGGAAUGGUGAACGAGUGAUAAAUUGCUUUAUUGAGUACUUGACGACAAGGCAGAAAUGUUUCUCGGCACUUUUGCACGGUCACAUCUUGUCGAAGUGUUUCAAAGCGAAACUCUGGGAGAAUUCGCCGUUUGUGAGCAAACAACUUAACGGAAUCGGAUCGGUUUUCUCCAAUUUGCUCGUGAACGCGGGCAAGAAGACAUUCAAUGACAUAUUACAAACAAAUCCACGGGAACUUGAAAUUAUUUUAAAAAAGAAAAGUCCAUUCGGCAGCAAAAUACAAGAUGAGGUCAAACACAUUCCGAAAUACACUAUGACUUUGGAACUGCAUGAUAAAAAAUCCAUAAAAUUGACAAUAACCCUAAUGAAUCUUGAUUCAAUAGAUGAAUAUGUAACAGGCAACGAUCUCAGCCUUAUGACUUUAUUAAUUGGGGAUGAGGAUAAUAAUAUUCUACUUUACGAACAAUACUCGCAUACUUACAUGAUGGAUCAUCCAACCAUAAUGAAAUUUGUGGAGUUAGAAAAUUUGGAAGCGGAUGAAAUUUCAGCUUAUUUCAUCAGUGAGCAAUGGGUUGGCAUAGAUUGCGAAUAUAAAUUGACGCUGGAAUCGAAGACGAAAAAUGGCGAGAAAGUAAAGGACAAGGAGAGUCCGGCUAACAAGCAAUCACUAUUAAAUAUGUAUAUGAAGGUGACAAAAGACAUUAAUAAACCUCAAAAAGAAAUAAAACGCAGCAAGUCUCCUAAAACAAAUUGCAAGAAAAAAAAAGUAGAAUCUAAAAGUUUGCAAAGGACUAUUACAGAGGUUUUCGGUAGGACCAUUGGAAAUGAAAAAAUAACAGAUAAUGAUGAAAAGAUAAUAACGAAGAUUUUUCUUCCCCUAUACCUGACACAUCUGUAUCUGAAAAACUUUCAACAAAUACAACAGAUAAAACCGUAG